AUGAUCAUACCUGCCGCCCCCCCGGCCAAGCCAGCAAUCGACGCGCGAGACGAGAUGAAGGCAAUGCUAGAGAGUCAAAGCCAAGAAGAUUUGGGCUGUGUUCUAGGAAGAGUGUGGGAUUCCGUGUAUGCGGAUCUCAAAGAGAAGUAUCUUGAUCGUCCGUUUAAGGUGCUGAGCCGUCAGCAGGGCAUCAAGCACGUGGAGCACGUUCGCGCGGUCGUGAACGGAGGCGAUUUCUUUCGCACGAUUGAAACUGAGCCACACUGCUUCCUGUCGGAGAUGGACGAGCGCUUCUUCCUGCUAUUCAACUCGACAUUUGUCUCCAAGAAUGCUCUACAGCGCAUUUGUGGCUUUGCCCAUCCUGGUUGA